AUGCCUAGCCAAGUCACAACACCAACCUCUGCCAGCUGUGAGCCCCUUCGCCAAAGAGGCUUCAACGGCCGCGUACCAGACGCAAAACCAGUGGAGAUAGUGAGCCCUAACACGACAGCAGACGUUGUUGAAGCCGUGAAACGGGCGCGCAGCCAAGGGUGGAAAAUCGGUGUGAAGUCGGGCGGGCAUAACUUCUUCCAUACCAACCUCGUCGAGCAUGGAAUGCUCAUUGAUACCCGCAACCUGAACAAAAACAUCGACUACGACCCAGCGACCAAGAUCGCAGCCAUCAGCCCAGGCAAUACCGUUGACGAUGUGGCUGGGGCCCUUGGACCGCUGCAGCGCUUCUUCCCCUCCGGUCAUUCGAGGUCUGUCGGAGUGGGUGGCUUCCUGCUUGCUGGAGGCAAGGGCCUAUUCGUGCGUGGGUGUGGCUACACCUCGGCCACCUGGGUUGAGAAGAUCGAGGUCGUCACGUCGGAAGGCGAGGUCGUCAUCGCAAGCAAGACGGAGAAUUCCGAUUUGUUCUGGGCGUUCCCCGGAAGCGGGCAGGGGUUCUUCGCUGUCAUCACGAGAAUCUGGAUCAAGACCAUUCCCAACAAGAGGCUCUUCGACCUGACCACCAUCGUGGACUCCACCGAGAUCUUCAAGCCGCUGCUCAAGUGGAUCUUGACGACCUCAAAAUCGGUCCCCAAAUAUGGGGCGGAGCCUUUCUUCUGCACCUUCUAUGCGGAUCAGGACGAUCCCGAGGGCGGUGAAGAGUCCAAGAGCAAGCGGGUGUUCAUGUUGAUUAACCAGACCAUGUUUGCCGAUUCUGUCGAAGAGGCUAGAGUUCUCGCCAGCCCCUGGGACAAUAUUCCCGAUGAGUUCAAGAAGCAUAUUAUCACCACCGUUCCGCUGACGGAGAGGAACCGCGAGGAACUGUGGGAGCUUCAAGAAAACUUCCAGCCAAGCGGGAACGGGGAGCUUUGGAAUGUAGACAGCAUCUUGGUUGAUCCUGAUGUUUCUGACGACGAGAUCAUUGAGGCUAUCACACCAGCCCUGUAUGAUCUUCCAUCACGCCUUUCUUCGGGAACCUUUGUUCCUAUCGACUACUACCCCGACGAGAAAGAUCAAGCUCUGAGCCUGCCUCAGAAGAGCUACGUCUCGUCCAUGUUAUGCUGGAAAGACCCCAACCGCGACGAAUUCAUGGAAAAGUGGCUCCUGAACGCAUAUGAGAAAGCUGACAAGGUGUCCUGCGGCGUGUAUGCGGCAGACUUCAACCCGAAGCACAGGAUGACUAGGGACAUGAAGGAUUCUGCCGUCAAGAAAUGGCUUGACAUUAGGAAUAAGUGGGAUCCGUCCGAGACUUUCAUAGGCCAUCGCGGCUUCGCGAGCACACUAGAACGUCCUGCAUCUCACAUAUAA